AUGAACCCAUCAUCUGAUGAUGGUGUUGUGGACGAGCUUGAGAUUGUGGCAAACCUUGAGAGCGAAUGCUUUAUGAAUUUAUCAGAGCUGAGAUACCUUGACGUACAAGCUAAGAUGCUCCCUAGCGACUUCACUGAUUAUCUUCCAAACUUGAGAUGGCUUCGAUGGAAGUCUGGAAAUUCUGAGUGCUUGCCUAAGUUUUGUGUGGAAAAUAUGGUGAUUCUCGAACUCUUAACUCCUGUAAAGGAUGAUUGGGGAGGUUUGAGACAUCUCGUGAAGAUGGUGAGCAAGCUCAAAGUUUUGAAACUUGUGGGUAAGUUCUUGAUAGAAUAUCCUGACUUUCCACGUUCCAGGAGUUUAGAAAUAUUGUAUCUCCAGGAUUUCGGGCUUCGAUUGUCCCAUAAGGAUCUAGAUAUUGGGAACUUGAGGAACCUAAAAGAGCUGCAUCUAUUGUAUUGUGAGGUAGGAGUGAUAAGGGGUGGAACCAUUGGGAUGGUGAAGGGUCUUCAAGAGCUCAAUAUCACCAAUUUAAGGUUUGAGAGGAGUCUGAGAGCAGUACUUAUAGGGGAUUUGAAGUUUCUUGAAAUCUUAAGAGUAGACGUAAUAACUGAUGUGGGACUGAGAUCGGUUUACGAGAAUUUGUUACUAGAUACUAAGCUUCCUAGAAGUUUGAAGGAGUUAGAGACCACAUCUCCAGUUGCUAACCUUGUAGAACUGGUGGAGCUGGAGAAACUAAUGGUUCGAUAUUUCGAGUAUGGGUUUGAGAUCCCUCCAGCAGACAGUAGUGAUAUGCGGUGGAGGUUAUCUAAAUCGAAGUCUCUAACACUAGAAGAAACAAAGUUGACUACCCCACCUAAUACUUCUUGUCGUCGUUCCUUGCUGAAUGUUGCUUCCAUCGUUACUGACCACCCUCCACAUUAA